AUGAGCUUUAAUAUUCCCAAUCCCAGUCUAUUGGGUAUCUUUCUCGUCAUUUCCACGCACAGUGGACCUACGCUGGUGUUCCUGUACCCUCCAGAACUAAGCUCUGACAAAACUCUGUCUCAGCGACGAAACCGCCAUGAAGAUAACGAAGACUAUAAUGAUCAAAAUAAUGCUCCAGAAGAACAGAAAACCAAUGUCAAGGUAGAUGAUGAAGAUGAUGAUGGUCUCUCUUCCGAAGAAAGUGAUUUCAGUGAUGAGCAAUUUCUUCUCAAUGAAGAGUGGGACUCCCGCAAUGUCAACUAUUAUAUGGGAACUAAGAAAGAUUUAUUGUCAUUUUUAGAUGAUGAAGAAAAGCGCCGUCGAUCCAGCGGAAAGGAGCGUUUACGAGCACCAUUGUCACCAGAACUCCAACCAGUCAUCUCGCAAGAGAAUAACAGCCCAUCUUCCAAUAACCUUAAAAAGACAGUUUCUGAGGUUUCUGACUCACAACAAAGUAGCAGUUCUCGUAACUCGGGUUCGAACCGUAAAUCUUCUUCGGCUCAGACAGCGAAAGAUAAUAUUCUUGGAUUCGACAAGGAAUAUUUGUGUGAACUUUUAUGUCCACCUAGGCUGAUGUGCAACUCAAGAUUCGAGAUUACGGUUGAUGAUCAUGUUUUCAUUGGUUUACCAGUACACUGCUACGAUAACGGCCUGUGGAGACACAAGACAAAAACAAAGUCAACAAGAUCGGGCUCUAAAGUUUCGGCUGAUGGGCAGUUAUAUGAAGAUUCGCAGAAUUCAAAUUCCACUCUGAGGGCCACUAUGAGCAUGUUUCAUCUUGUGUUCAUUAUGGACCCGCCAGUGGUAGAAUACAACUACCGUGUGGACGAGAUGUUUCACUUUGUUAUCUCUCGCUUGGCACUCGUGCUAAGAUAUGAACAACUGAAGCACGAUUAUGUAUGGAAGCAAGUGAAGCUCAUCUCGAAACUUAAGGAAGACCACAGACUAUCACAAGGAAACGACGAAGGUUUGCAUGAAUUUCUCGUCAAUAGAUCCUCGCUUUGUCGUCUGAUCAAGGACUGCUAUGAAGCGAUAUCAAAGCAUGAUAUUGCAAACUUAUUCGUGAACAAAAAGCUACGAUCGUUUCAAAUACCCAUCAAGACCGAGUUCCACUCGCUACCUGAGCCUACUGUACCACAUUUACCAGGGUCUUACUUGUCUACAACUGUGAAUUUGCUUGCCGGUACCGGGUUGAUUAACAUCGGUGAGACUACAAGAUAUGGCAUGCAAGGACUGUUGAGUAGUAUCACUCCAGGAAGCACAUAUGAUGCAGAUGAAGAUUCACUUCAGACAGAUUCUGGUUCCAAAACUGACGACAUAAUAUACUUCUCUCUAUUAUUGCUUGACGACCCGAACUCGAUUAUCAGAGACAUUAACGCAGAACCACAGAGUGCAAUUGCCCGUUUCAUCCAUAGCAUCAAGCCUACCGAAUCACUAGAAAGAUUAGCUCACAAACUCAACCACCACGAAAAGAUGGAGUCAAAUAUAGCUGAAGUCAAGUCCUUUGCUUUCCAUUUGGUAUACUGGAGGAGAGCAAGAGUGAUCCAGCCACUAAGCUCACGCUCUGUCUAUAUCGUGUCACCCAUGGCACCCCUUUCAUUCAACCUUUACAACGACAUCAAAGCUUUCAAAGCCGCAUUUUCAUCACUUCCUUCGUUACCACACUUCCUUAAGCUACUUUCUGCCCUGAGCCGUAAACCAAAACAAUUUGCUGCGGCUAUUCCUUCCAAAGACCAUCGUGAUAUUUAUAUGGAAGCGCUAGGCUGGCUCAUGAAGUAUGGUUAUGUGACUCAACUUCAUACUUUUGUUUGGCUCAAAAUCUCCAAGAAAAUUAAGAUGAAGGUGGAAGAGGAUAUAGAGAAGGAAUCGGCUGGCAGAAAACGAAGCAACCCUGUUACUCCAAGUGUCGAGAAAUACCAUAAGCUACUUGCCACGGAUAACACAUCAAAGGCGUACAGCGAUGGUCCAUCGGAUGCCAAUAUUCGUCGUACGAGAGCCAACAAACCGUCGUCUCUGCCUAGUAGUGGGAUUGGAGUUAAUUCGAAUCCUUACAAUACUGAUAUUGUUUUGGAAAAAGAUGGUGAUACCAUUAUUUUGGAUCCGGGGAGGGCUUCGUCAUUGGAGAGAAAAUGGAUCAACAAAAUCAUCUUUGACGAGUGCAAACUUACACCUGCCAUGGUUUCUGUGUUCUACAAAUUUCUCAAGUAUAUGAAUGGAAAGAACUCUUUGGAGCUAUUAUUGUUAAAGGAGAAUGUCUCUCGUCAUGAUUUGAGAAAAUUGAUGUUUGCUAUUGAAGACCAUAUUAUUUCUGUACGACACUGGUAA